GCAUUCCAAUUUCAACUUCCAACCAGAAUUGUAUUUGAAAGCCCAAAGUGUCCAGUUGUAAAAUUAAAGACAGUAAACGGUGUGAUUGAAAUCUAGUGAACUAAAAAAAUAACUACAUACAUACAUACAUACCAUAAAUAAAGACAUAUACACCGCCCGCGAUAAAACGAACCGUCGAAACCGUGGAGUUGUAUAGAAUGCAACACCAUCCUGACCCGACUUACAUGCCGGAAGUACCCUUUCAGCCUUUAUGGGGGCAGGAAGCGCCUCCGCCGCCUCCAAUUGUGCCAUAUCAGGAAUUAAUUGCGGGUUUUCCGUGCACCGAUUUAGCCCUUUGGCAACGCUCACAGGUCACCAGUUUAGUCAGCAGUCAGCGUUCGUCGAACAAUCGCAACAAUAACAAUUCAGAAUCGAGCAACGGUAAUCCAACGAAGAAGACGCGCCGGCGAGUGGCAUCUAUGGCACAGCGACGAGCGGCCAAUAUUCGCGAACGCCGUCGGAUGUUCAAUCUGAAUGAAGCUUUCGACAAGCUGCGACGCAAAGUUCCCACAUUCGCCUACGAGAAAAGGCUAUCGCGCAUCGAAACACUACGCCUGGCAAUCACCUACAUCGGCUUCAUGACCGAACUCCUGACAGGCGCUCCAAUGCCGACGCAUAAGCAGCGAUCGGCCGAAAUUUAUGCUGGCAUGAACGGACACCAUCAUCCGGCUGCCAUGGGCCAUCAUCAUCUCCACCCGGCGGCUUUUCAAAGGGACUUCGUAUCGCCCUAUAGCCACAGCUUAAGUUAAGGGGCCGGGACAGUGGAGAAUAUGCAAUGGUUUUACCUUAAAACUCAGUUUUCAUUUUGUUGGUAUAUGUGUAGUUUUUGUUUUUUAAUCACCAAAUAAAA